UCACCUGCGCCCUCCCAGGUGCGGGCAGGCCGCUCCCUCGCCCCUGGGCGGCGCGGCUCCAUUUCGUGCCGGCCGCGGCCUGAGCUGGACCAUGGCUGCGGGGCGCGGGGCUUGGCUGCUGGCGCUGAUCUGUUUCAGCGUUGGAAAUGCGCUUUAUUUUGAGGUUUUAAAGGAGGGUGGCAAAAAUGAUCAACUCUCUAAUCAAUUCAGCCUCAUCAGACAAAAGCGAGAAUGGAUCGUUCCACCAGCUGUCAUUCAGGAAGGGGAGGACAACUCCAAGAAGAAUCCAAUUGCUAGAAUUCGAUCAGAUUUUGAAGAUUUUGGUAUGAUAAUUACAUACAAAAUUUCUGGCCCAGGAGUAACAGAACCACCUUAUGGACUGUUUGUUAUCAAUAAGAGAACUGGAGAACUGAACAUAACAGGAAUAGUUGACCGAGAACAAACUCCAAUGUUUUGGCUUAAAGGUCAGGCAUUCGAUGAAAGUGGUCACGAGUUGGAAAAUGCACUAGACCUCAGAAUUAAAGUUUUAGAUAUAAAUGACAACUUUCCAGUGUUUUCCCAGGAAAUUUUUGUUGGCUCUGUGGAAGAGUUAAGUGAAGUAGGUACACUUGUGAUGAAAAUAAAUGCAACAGAUGCAGAUGAUCCAACCACUCCAAAUGCCAAGAUUGCCUUUAAGAUUGUUCAAGAUGCUAGUCAGCCCCUUCCAUUCCACAUUAACAAAGCUACUGGUGAGGUUACAGCAUGGUUAAGCCUUGACAGAGAGGAAAAAAGUAGCUACCAUUUGACUGUAGAAGCAAAAGACCGGGAUGGAGCUGGAAAUGCUCAACAGUGCACUGCCCAGAUCAAGAUUGUAGAUGUUAAUGACAAUCUGCCUGUCCUUGAAAAGGAGGUGUAUGAAGGAAGUGUUGAAGAAAAUACAGCAAACAUGGAAGUUAUGCGAAUAAAAGUGUUCGACAGAGAUGAAGAAUUCUCCGAUAAUUGGCUGGCAAACUUUACAAUUACCUCUGGAAAUGAAGGUGGUUAUUUCCAUAUAGAAACAGAUACCCAGACAAAUGAAGGAAUUGUGAUGCUUAUAAAAGAGAUCAAUUAUGAGGAAUUGCAGAAUAUAAAAAUGAGCAUUGUUGUUACAAAUAAAGCAGAAUUUCACAAAUCAAUUAAAAAUAGCUACAAAGCAAAAUCGAUUCCAAUCAAUAUUAAAGUAAAAAAUGUACCAGAAGGCCCUGUAUUCAAGCCCAACACGUUGACUAUUGAAGCAAAUGAGACUAUGAGCAUAAACCAGAUUAUUGCAACAUAUCGAGCCUAUGAUGAAGACACAGGAAAAAUAGCACAACAUAUCAAGUAUGCCAAAAGCAAUGAUAUAUAUAAUUGGUUCAACAUAAAUUCUGCUACAGCUGAAAUCACACUUAUUAAAGUACCUGAUUAUGAGUUGCUUUCCACAGUCAAUGGUACCUAUGUUGUCACUGUACUGGCCAUAACUGAUGGUUUUGUUAAGAAAACAGCCACUGGUACCAUUGUUCUUCAGGUUAAAGAUGACAAUGAUAAUUGUCCUACUAUUGUGAAUCCAGAGCAAACUGUGUGUUCAAAUAUACAGUUCAUCAAUGUUACAGCUGUAGAUAGAGAUGCUUAUCCAAAUAGUUCCCCCUUCACUUUUAGUGUCAUUGAUGAACCUGAAGGAAUGGUAAACAAAUGGGUGAUUGGAUCCAUAAAUGAAACUAGCAUUCAGCUGGUGCCACAAAAUUUAAAACCUGGCAAGAGUGAAGUUCAGCUUUUAGUGCAAGAUCAUCAAGGAUUCAGCUGUCCUGAAAAACAAAUCCUUAAACUGAGCAUUUGUACAUGUGUGGAGGGUGGCAGCUGCCGGGAUGCACUAAUUGGUUCAUCAGUUGUACUGGGACCUGGAGCAAUUGCACUAAUAAUUUUGGCACUUUUAUUAUUGUUGCUUGUGCCACUCUUAUUGUUGCUCUGCCAUGGGAGAGCAGGUCCUAAAGGAUUCACAGCAAUACCUGACAGUAGUGAAGAGAUGCUGCGGAAAUGGAACAGUGAAGGAGCAGCACCUGAAGAUAAGGCAGUCUUAAACCUUGUUGCACCCAUUGCAACAAACAGCACAGCACUAAACAUGGGCAGUGGAGCUGGAGCAGCGAUGAGUGCAGGGGCUGCUGCUGCUGGAGGAGGCAGUUCCACAUCCAACAUGAGAGAGCAUUACAGUGGCAUUAACAUGGGUGAUGGGAAAUGGGAGGAGCAGAGACAUCUUCUUUCAGCUGCUGGUUAUGGAGCCAUGGCUGCUGGAGGCACUGGAAUCAUGGCAGCCAGAGGGGCUGAAGCCAUGGCAGCUGGCAGAACCAUGAAAAUGGCAUCUGGGGAGUCCAUGGCAAUGAGAGCUGGAGAGUUCAUGGCAACAGGAGCUGGAGGGACCUUGAAUGAAGAGUUUUUGAGAGAGUACUUCAAUGAUAAAGCCUGCUCCUUUGCUGAAGAAGAUGAAGUUCAACCAGCAAAAGACUGUCUCCUACUUUACUCUCAGGAAGAGGCAGGCUCCUCUCAUGGUUCUAUUGGCUGUUGCAGCUUCAUUGAGAACGACUUGGAUGACCAUUUUCUGGAUGAUUUAGGAGAUAAAUUUAAGAUCCUAGCGGAUAUAUGCAUGGGCAGCAUUCAGCACACUCCUCAGGUGGUGCAAGACAGAAAAUCUAGUCCAGCAGUGAAUGCAUCAGGCUUACGUCUUAAUGAUGCAUUGCCACACCUCUUAGAUCAACAAAACGCGUUCAGUUCAGAGCAGACGUAUGCUUCAGACGGUAGCUUCCAACUACAUGACCCUGUGCCAAGGGUUAGUGGCUUGGGUUCAGAAGCUUUCACUCAGAAGACAGUCACUGAAACAUCAUAUGAGUCCAGGCCUGGUCCGCAAUACAUCACACCUGUUCCUGAUCCAGUAGCUAACAGAAAUGUUAGAGUGACAGAAACAUCCUAUGCUGCUGGCCCCACUGUGCAACCCACCACAGUAAUGCUCGAUCAUCCAUUUGAUGAGAGUGUUGUGGUGACAGAAAGAGUACUUGCACCUGCUUCCCAUAUGCAAGGCAUGAUAGAAGUCCCUAAUUUGCCCCAUGAAAACAAUAUUGUGGUAACAGAAAGGCUGAUCAAGUCAGAUGGCACAAUGCCUGGAGUCCUCCAAGUUCAAGACUUCCCAGAUUCACAGUAUGUUGUUGUGAGAGAGAGAGAGAGGCUGCUUGUACCUAGUUCAGAACUCAAGGGCUCUUUAAGCAUUCCCAGUUUCUCAGAAGGACAAAAUGUGGUGGUGUCUGAAAGGGUACUCACACCCUCCUCAGGUCUACAAGCUAGCUACACAAUGCCAAUUGAGGUUUCAGGGAUACAAAGUGCAGUUUCUGGAGUUGGAAGCCAGGAGCAUGUACUAAUCUCUGAUCAUCUGCUUAACCACAGAGGGUUAAAUUCAGAGGGGACAUUUCCCUCCAGUUCUCCUCUAAGCAAGACCUCCAAGGUCACAAAAUAUAGCACUGUACAGUAUACCCAUUCAUAAACUACUUAUCUUUCAGAUUAGGAUAUCUACUAGGCACCAUUUACAUCUCUACCAUAAACGCUUAACCAGUUUGAAGUUUUAGUGGCUGGAGGCAGGUUCCGGUCCUUUUAAACAUGAGAUGAUGUUUCUCUCAAUGGUUUCUGUAAGUAAGGAUUAUGACUCCAGGGAAAAAAAAGUAUCCAGCCUAAGCAAUAAUGCUUUCAACAUGGGCAACUAAAUGCAUGCUCCUACUCAUUUUCUCCUAAUAAUUUGGUGUGAAGGUUUCUAAUAGUUCAGUGUGAAGGCACUCCCUUUUCCUUCCAUGGUUUGUGAGCUGUAGAUGUAAAUCCAGAGAUUGAGGUGCUGAUUGCUGCUGCUCAUAUUUAUGUUGUUUAAGAUAUCUAGACUCUAGAUUCAUAAGUUCAGGCAGGAGAGUGACUCCAGAGGCAAAACAGUGAAGAUACAGAUUAAAAUACUUGCCACCUAGAGUUUGAUCAUCUUUCAUUGAAAUCAAUGCCCAAACUCCUAUUGACUUCAAUGCUGUAUACAUGAGGCCUUGAUUAUGUGUGGUGGAAAACUGUAGAUGCUAACUACAGGAAUUACAAUGAAUUGUUUUUUCUUAAUGUAUCAAUGAUGAAAUUAGAAAAAAUACUCAAAAAAGAAAAGAACUAUAAUAUUUAGGGGAUAUACAUGUACAUGUAGGUAUACACCUAUGUAAAAAUAUAAAUAUAUUUUUUUUUAACAGUCUAGCAGCUGAAGUAGAUUUUGCUAAAAAUUUAAAGUAUAGGUCAUUAUGAAAGGCCAAACUCUUCCUAAUGCUUUUUGCAACUCUGGACAAAGAAAAUAUACUAACAAGUUUUUUUGUUUAAUUACACAUUCAUAUAGAGGGAAUAGUGCUGGCUCAGCUUUGAAAGCAAAAAUUAAGUAUGUGGUUUUGUUUGUGGAAAUGGGGCCUUUGGGCAUGUCUAUGCAUGCACUUUAAUGCACAUUAGUCUAUUUUAAUGUACUUUAAAGUGACACUAAAAAACCUGUGCUUUUUAGUUAAUAUGCACUAGAAUAUGCUAAUGCACAUUAAAGCAUCACUAAAAACUGUGCUCAUGAGUUAAUGCACAUUAAGAUCAAGUAAUGUGCAUUUCCUAGUAGCUCACAAUGGAGGUACUAGAUGUAAUGUGCAUCAACUAAAGUGCAUUAAUGCACGUGUAGACACUCCCUUAAAUUGCAGACAGGACUUGAGGGAUUCUGCUUAAUAUUUUCAGUUUCCCUCCAUUUCUAAUUAUGCAGUUACAUUGCUUUGUAUUUCAAUAUUACCUUCUGGCUGAGAUUUCUGGUUAGAGAUGGAUUUUAUAUUUUAUUUGAUAUGGGGAAAAAUAUAAAAAGCUUAUGGAAAGCAAUUAAAAACAAGUAUAUUUUAUAUAGUCUUUAAAUUGUAAAAAAAAAAGCAAGAAUUCGGGCUCCAUAUUCAGCAGGAUGUAUUUAAGUAAGUGAGUAGUUUUAUGCAAGUCAGUUGAUUUAUCUACCUGCCUAACUUAAGUACCUUAUUGAAUCAGAGUCUACAGCUCUGUGUUUAGUUUUGAAGUUCAUGGCAUAAUCCUGCAUUUAAAUCUAAACGUGAAUUUUAACUGAAUAACUGCUCUUUUUCACUAGAGCUUGGGGGAAUGGAUUUGUACUAUGACCGGUUUGUAGUGUAUUUAGGUAUUUUUAUGAAACUUCAAUAAAGGAAGACAGAUAA